AUUCCAGCGUGGAAGAAAGAAAGUAAAAGAGAAGAAGGGUAUCGUUGGAGUGGGUGCAGAAAGGGCGUGUAAUUACGAAGCAAAGGAAGAAGCAUCAUCCAAUAACACCUGAAUGCCAUCUCUCUGAAUCUUCCGAUCUGGAUAAUAACCCGGGUCGAACCGUGGCUUCUCAGAGCCUGUCUCGAAGAAAACCUUCUUCAUCUUCUCAUUCACAACCAUCCGGGUCGACCCGGAUCGUUUACAGAGAAGCAAGGACUCCAUCGGAAUCCGAAUUCCCGAUCUGGCAGCAGAAUUGGUUCAUCGCAUUGCUCUUUGUCAUGGCUCUCGGAUUCUUCGCUCUCGCUCUCUUUCUUUUCCUCACUCUCGAUUCUGACAUCGCUCCUUCUUCCACCGCUUCUGCCUCCGCGGCUUCCGCCGAAGGCGUUGAGGUGCAGAUUACUUACGGCACGGUUCUGAAGCUUAUGCACGAAAAGACGAAAUUUCGGUUGCACUCUCACGAUGUGCCGUAUGGUUCUGGCAGUGGACAACAAUCAGUUACGGGUUUCCCCAGUGUCGACGAUUCCAAUAGUUAUUGGAUUGUUAGACCUCAACCUGGAACCUCAGCUAAACAAGGUGAUGCCAUUAAAAGUGGCACAAUCAUUAGAUUGCAGCACAUGAGGACAAGGAAGUGGCUGCACAGCCACUUGCAUGCAUCCCCGAUAUCUGGCAAUCUCGAGGUGAGUUGCUUUGGAGGAGAGUCUGAAUCUGACACUGGGGACUAUUGGAGGCUUUUAAUAGAAGGAAGUGGGAAGACUUGGAAGCAGGAUCAGAGGAUUCGCCUUCAGCAUAUUGACACUGGAGGCUAUCUACACAGUCAUGAUAAGAAAUACGCUCGGAUUGCUGGGGGACAACAGGAGGUUUGUGGUGUUCGUGAAAAGCGUGCUGACAAUGUCUGGUUGGCAGCUGAAGGUGUCUACCUUCCGGUUACUGAAAGCAAAUGAGUUUAUUAGCAUCAAUAGUGUACUUUGUCCAAACGGGCAAACCAUGGAUAACGCCUUUGAAUGGGUCGCUGGCACUAGUUCUGAUAAUAGAUGCAGACUUUCUAUUGAAGCAACAUAUACGGGAGCACUCUUAGUAUGAGAUAACGAUAGUAAUAUUUUGUCAUAGGUACACUUUGUUAUGUAGUAAGUGCAGGCUUCUUACCCGCUGAAAAUACGUGCUAUAUCUGUUGUCAUGCAAUAUGCUAAUUGAUAAUUCCUCUACUAGGGUUAAGAAGAACGAAUUGACAGCAAUGGAACUUUAUUUUUCAAGUGAAUUAGAAGUUCAACUAUACUGAUAAAAAUGAACCUUUAUU